CUCAGUGUCGGUCACGCGCACGAACCAAUAUGGCCGCCGAGAAUCUUCCGUCCGAGUUCGACGUUGUCAUUCUUGGAACAGGUCUUACUGAGUCAGUGGUGGCAGCAGCCUGUUCCCGAGUGGGACAAAGAGUUCUUCACUUGGACACGAGGAGUUACUAUGCAGCCAGGUGGGCCAGCUUCACUUUUAACGCCUUGCUGACUUGGAUCAAACAAUACCAGGAGCAGUCGCAGACCGACGAGGUCCAGGAUUGGUCCAGUCUCUUGGAGGAAGGGGAGGAGCCAAUAUAUGUGUCAAACCCAGACUCCGCCUCUAUCACCAAUUUGCAAGUGUUCUGUUUUACCAGUGAGGACAGCGAAGAUGAAGAAGAUGAGGACGAGAAGAAAACCACAGAAGAAGAGUCAUGUGCAGGUUCAGAGGAGACGCCGCAGCCAACCGAAGAGGAAGCUGUCCACACAGAAAAGGAGCAGCCAGAAUUGCCACGCCCCCUGGACGCCGCCAGCCAAUCAACGCCAAGCAAGAAGAUCACCUUUGCUCAGCUGGUGAAAGAAGGACGACGGUUCAACAUCGAUCUGGUCUCCAAGUUGAUGUACGCCCGAGGCUCGUUGGUGGACCUGCUCAUCAAGUCAAACGUCAGUCGCUAUGCGGAGUUCAAGAACGUCACCAGGAUCCUCACCUAUCGCCGUGGCAACGUGGAGCAGGUGCCGUGCAGCCGGGCCGACGUCUUCGCCAGUCGCGAGCUGUCGGUGGUGGAAAAGAGGAAGUUGAUGCGUUUCCUCACUUCCUGUAUGGAGGAGACGGAGGAGCGCGAGGACGGCGCGCGGACAUAUUCGGAGUUUCUCCAACAGCGGCAGCUGGGUGACAACCUGGAGCACUUCCUGCUCCACUCUAUCGCCAUGGUGACCGAGGACACGCCCGCCGACGAGGGCCUGGCCGCCACGCGCCACUUCCUGCGAUGCCUGGGCCGCUACGGUAACACGCCCUUCCUGUUCCCCGUCUACGGCCUGGGCGAGAUCCCGCAGUGUUUCUGUCGGAUGUGUGCCGUGUUCGGCGGCAUCUACUGCCUCAGACACCCCGUCAGCUGCCUGCUCCUCGACAAGACCGCCAACAGAUGUAAGGCGGUGAUUGACAGCCACGGACAGCGAAUCUCCGGCAGCCAUUUUGUGCUAGAAGACAACUACUUGUCGGCAGACUUUAAGAGGAUGGCCACGCCCACCAGGUGUAUUUCCAGAGCCGUGCUGAUUACAGACCGCUCUAUCCUGCCGAGUGACUCCGAGCAGCAGGUCUCCGUGGUAACGGUUCCUCCGAUGGAGGCUGGGCGUCCCGCAGUCAGGAUGGUGGAGCUGUGUCCUUCCACCAUGACGUGCAUGCCAGGAACACAUUUGGUUCACCUCACCUGUCAAUCACUUGGCUCCGCCUACGAGGACUUGUCUCCCGUAGUUACCAGGAUGUUCCGCACACCCGAGUCUAAUGAGCACGUGUCCACAGAGGAAUCCCCGUCUGUCCUCUGGUGUCUUUACUUCAACAUGGACAAUGGCUGCGAUGUGGAGGUGGAAGGUCAGCAGCUUCCCUCCAACGUGUACUUGUGCUCAGGACCAGAUGACGCUCUGGGUCAUGAGCACGCCAUUCGCCAGGCCGAGUCCAUCUUCCACAAGAUUGUCCCCGAGGAAGACUUCUGUCCGCCCGCUCCCAACCCCGAAGACAUUGUCUACGACGGCGACAACACCGUUGCAGACCAGGAAGACGAGGAGGCAGAGAAGAGGGAGGAAGACGAGGAGGCGGAGAAGAGGGAGGAAGACGAGGAGGCGGAGAAGAGGGAGGAAGACGAGGAGGCGGAGAAGAGGGAGGAAGACGAGGGGACGGAAAAGAGGGAGGAGGAAAACGAGGUGGAAGAGCAGAAGCUUCACGAAGAGUGAACAGAAAUAUACAAUGUUAAAUUCUUACAGUGCAUUAUGGGUAAAAUGGCCUUCAUUUUUUUCAUUUAAGUUAAUUAAAAUCAAAACUUCAUCUUGUCUGAAAUUCCUUUUAUGUUAAAAAUACAUGUUAUGAGUCAGGUUAAAGGGGAACUGCGCUCUUUUUUCUUUCACGAUUUUUGCAUUCUAUCCAUCCAUCAAUUUCCUACCGCUUGUCCUUUCAGCUAAUAGAAGAUU